AUGAGUCAGACGGAUCAGACGCUCGAGAACCAGAACGAGGCAGAGCUCAACUCGCUCCACGGAAAGAUCAAGGCACUCCGUCAUGUCACGAUCGACAUUCUCGACGACGCCAACAGACAAAAUGACCAACUCGGCCAGACUACAACCCGCCGGUAG